CAAGUUUUAGUUCUUUUCAUUCUUUCUCUAAGUAUUGUUGGCUGCAAAAGCAAAAUGACAAGCUUAGGGAAGCUGGGGCAAUUGCCUUUACUUGUAACUGCUUUGGCAAUUUGCUUUAUAGCCAGCACUGUUGUUGCUGAUUAUUCUUAUGGGUAUGCUUCUCCCUCGCCUUCUUAUACCUCUAAGAAGUAUUACAAAUCACCAUCUCCACCCAAGUACCCAGUACCUACUCCUUACUAUAAGUCACCUGCUACUCCAAAGCACUACUACAAGUCACCAGCUCCCGUAAAAUAUUACGAGUCGCCAGCUCCCGCAAAAUACUACAAGUCGCCAUCUCCUUCAAAGAACUACUACAAGUCGCCAUCACCUGCAAAGUACUACAAAGCGCCAGCUCCCGCAAAAUACUACAAGUCGCCAGCUCAUGCAAAAUACUACAAGGCGCCAGCUCCCGCAAAAUAUUACAAGUCGCCAGCUCAUGCAAAAUACUACAAGGCGCCAGCUCCCGCAAAAUACUACAACUCGCCAGCUCCCACAAAAUACUACAAGUCGCCAGCUCCUUCAAAGAACUACUACAAGUCGCCAUCACCAGUAAAGUACUACAAAUCGCCUGCUCCCUCUAAAUAUUAUAAGUCACCGCCACCACCAAAAUACUACAAGUCCCCAGUUUACUAUAAAUCUCCACCACCACCAACUUAUUAUGAGAAAUCACCUUCGUAUUACAAGUCACCUCCACCUCCUCCAACAUACUAUGAGCAAUCACCUAAGUCACCUCCACCCCCACCAAAAUACUACGAGCAAUCACAAUCUUCUUACAAAUCUCCUCCACCUCCACCAAAAUACUAUGAGCAACCAUCGUCAUACAACUCUCCACCACCACCACCAAAAUACUAUGAGCAAUCACCAAUCAAUUAUAAGUCUCCACCUCCACCGUACUAUAAAGAAUCUACACCUUCCUACAAAUCUCCUCCACCUCCACCAAAAUACUACGAGCAAUCACCUAUAACUUACGACUUACCAUCUCUGCCAAAGAUCAAUGAAAAAUUGCCAUCAUACUACUCACCUCCACCACCAACGAACUACUAUAAGCAAACUCCCGCCUAUGCCUCACCUCCACCACCUGCAAAAUACAAGCAAUCUGCCACCUAUGCUUCACCUCCUCCAGCAACCUACUACUAAUAAUGAUCAAACCAUUCACUUCUAUCAAUUUUCAGCAUUUCCUUGAUUUUUAGAUCCUUUUCAUCCUCCUAUUUGAAGGAUUUCUAUUUUCUCUCCCAAAAUCUUACGUGUGCUUCCCCAAAGGGUCGGCUUCUCUUGCUGUGUGCUCAUUUUAAUUUAUAAUUUGCAUUAUUUGAUAUUCAAGAUCCUCGAGAUCUCAAACAGUAGUUUGGCUCAUUGUAUCAAUUAAGCUCCUUUCGAUGUAAUCUCUUGAGAAUUUUACUUUAAUUGCUUGAACGAGGGCGAAACUACAUAUAAAAACAUACUCUAGUAAUAUAAAAACAUACAUUACAUAUUA